AUGGCCUCAGCUGAAACUGCUGGCCCCUUAAACAAUCAGCAUGAGAUCGUCCGCCAAUUAGCAGACUUCCCUGAAAACAUUUGGACCGAUCGUAUCGCUUCAUUUACUCUGGAUAAGCAGGGAUAUGAAAUGUAUGCCAAAGAAAUUGAAAUGUUAAAGGAAGAAGUGAUGAGCAUGCUUUUGGAAACUGAAAAACCCAUGAUGGAAAAAUUCGAUGUUAUAGACAAAAUUGAACGGCUUGGCAUCUCACAUUAUUUUGAGGACAAGAUUGAGCACCAACUACAAGAACUUUUUGAUACUUAUCCCAACUUUCAGGAGCAUCCAGAGUGUGAUUUAUUGACUGCAGCACUUCAAUUCCGACUAUUCAGGCAACAUGGUUUUAAUAUCUCCUGUGGCAUCUUGGACCAAUUCAUUGAUGAUAAUGGUAAGUUUAAGGAAUCCUUAUGUGAAGACAUAAGGGGUCUGCUAAGUCUGUAUGAAGCUGCUCACAUCAGAGCAAAUGGAGACAAAAUUUUAGAAGAAGCCCUUGCUUUCACAACCACUCAUCUGACACUUGGAGUUCCCCACUUGGGCUCUACUCUUGCAAAACAAGUGAAACAUGCCCUUGAACAGCCAUUGCAUAAGGGCAUCCCAAGAUAUGAGGCUUAUUGCUACAUCUCCAUGUAUGAAAAAGAUGAAUCUAAUAACAAAUUGCUGCUAAGGCUUGCCAAAUUGGAUUACCACUUGUUGCAGAUGUUAUAUAAACAAGAACUUUCUGAGAUAAUCAGGUGGGGGAAGGACUUGGACAUUGUAACAAAAGUUCCAUAUGCAAGGGACAGAAUUGUGGAAUGCUACUUUUGGGCUGUUGGAACCUAUUAUGAGCCUCAGUACUCUCUUGCUCGAAUGACAUUCGCAAAAGCAAUAGUUUUUGCAGGAAUGAUUGAUGAUACCUAUGAUGCUUAUGGCACUCUAGAUGAACUCAAAAUUUUCACGGAAUCUAUAGAACGGUGGGAUGGCAAUGGAAUUGAUCAACUCUCAGACUACUUGAAGGCAGCCUACACGAUGCUUUUAAAUUUUAAUAAGGAGCUUGAGGAAGAUUUAGCUAAAAAGGGAAGAACCUUUGUAUUCGACAAGUAUAUAGAAGAAUGGAAACAAUACAUGAGGACAAGCUUCACUCAGUCGAAGUGGUUUCUUACAAACAAAUUGCCAUCUUUUGCUGAUUACUUGAGCAGCGGCAUGAUCACCAGCACGUACUAUUUACUGCCAUCAGCAGCUUUCUUGGGCGUGGAUGGUGCCUCAGAGGAUGUUAUCAAAUGGAUGUCAACUAAUCCAAGACUCUUUGUUGCUUUGACAACACAUGCCAGAUUGACUAACGAUGUUGGCAGUCACAAGUUUGAGAAAGAAAGAGGCAGUGGCACAGCAAUUGAAUGCUACAUGAAAGAUUAUAAUGUGUCGGAGGAAGAGGCAAUGAAAAAGUUUGAAGAGAUGUGUGAGGAUACUUGGAAGAUCAUGAACGAGGAACGCUCAAGGCUUACUACCAUUCCAAGAGAAAUUCUCAAAGUGAUUCUUAAUCUAGCACGAGUUUGCGAAGUUGUUUACAAGCACCGUGGAGAUGGAUUCACUGAUCAACGUAGAAUUGAAGCCCAUAUAAAGGCAAUGAUUACGGAUUCCAUAUCUGUUUGUGGAUGA